UCCCUCCUUCUCCCCUCCUUCUUCUCUUCUUCUUCCCACAUAUACAGAAAGCAAAACAGCCUCCAAAGGAGCAGAGACAGGCAACGAAGGGAAACCGCAGGCAACCGAUUUGAUUGAUUAUUUUCUAAAAGAGAUAUAUCUAUAGAUAGAUAGAUAGAUAAAAAUAGCCACCGUGGGUUUUUUCAGAAUCCAAACUCCCAGCCAGGAGAGAGGGCGCCUAGUCCAUUUCAUCCUCUCCCUCCUCGCCAGGUCCACUGCUGCUUUAAGAGGAGGGGAAACUGACAAGCCCAUAUUCUCUCUGUGUGUGUGUCCCCCCCCCCAUAUUCCCCGCCCCAUCUCCUCUGUUUGCUGAGCAGAGGGGGCUGGGGUGUGUUGUGGGAGCUGAAUCCUCCUUGGUGGAGAUACUGGGUGGGGGGGCUUUUUGGACCCUCUGAGCCCCCCCACACCUCCCUUCUUGCACCUACUCUCCUCCUCUUCUUCUUCUUCUCUCUCUCUCUCUCUCCAUCCUCCCCCCCAACCCGGUUUUCCUUUUCAUUCCUGGCUCCUUGCUUUGAUAGGAUUGAAGCCACAACCAUUUAAAAGGGGAGAGGGAGGAGAAAGGAGCCGGGGGGGGGGAGAGAGAGAAGAAGAAGAAGAAGAAGAGAGAGUCGAUGUCCAUCUUUUAAAAGGAGAGGAGAAGGAGAAGGGGGGAAGAAAAGAAAAGAAAGGGGGGAGAGAGAGAAAGGAGUGUUUUGGAGAAGGGGGUGGUGGUGUUUGAUCAUCACACACACCCCUUCUCUCUCUCUCUUUAUCUCUCUCUCUCUCUCUCCUCCCCCCCCUUCCAAUUUCAAACUACCACCGGGUUGUUGAUAUUUUUUUUCCCCCUACGAGGACCAUCAGUCACUUGAAGUCUGACACCUCGCAGCACUUGAUGGGCAGCUACGACAGCCAAAAGGCAGAAGAAAGGGUCUACUUGGGAGGAAGAAGAUACCCGCAAGGAAGGAAAUAAGGAACUCUAGCCUUCCCCCCCCCCCCCAUGCAAACACAUCCACGCAGAUCUGUCACCCCGGCAAUCUCACUAGCAAGCUGGCUUAGGUUUGUUUUCUAUAUCUGUACGUGUGUGUGAGUGUAAAAGGUUAGAUUUUUUUCCCUCUCUUUUUUUUGGGGGGGAUUAUUUUUUUAAAAAAAUAUUCUUCUUGCUGCUGAGCGAUCCACAGAGAAACCGGCCGUCCCUGAAAGGAAAAUAGGUUGUUUCCUAAACCCACCAAAACAAAAAACCCAACCCAAAGGCAACAAAAGCCAAACUGUUUGAAACAGUUUCCUUGUCUCACUUGGUUGGUCUUCUUGGAACGAUGGGGUCAGAGAGGGGGCCAAAAUGAAAGAUCUCCUUUUUGGAAAGGACUGAAGUUUCUCUGGCCCCCCCAGAGCCGUCUCCCCCCAAGGGGGAGAAGGAAGACGGAAAGAAAGCCCGAGAGAACAAACUUCCCAGCGUCUGAUGGCACAAAGGUACGAUGACUUGGUACAUUACGCCGGAAUGGACGGGGUCUCUCUGCCGGGCUUUGGAGACCCACACACGGGCCGGGGUCUGCAACACCACGCUCUGAACCAGGGGGGCCCUUACGGAUCCGCCGGAGUGAACCACCGGCCCGGCUUGCCCCCGGGGCUGGGCACCAACGACGCCUUGAAGAGAGAGAAGGAUGAGAUUUAUGGGCAUCCCUUAUUCCCGCUGCUGGCCCUGGUCUUUGAAAAAUGUGAGCUGGCAACCUGUUCUCCCAGGGACACUUCUGGCUCCUACCCGGGAGGAGACGUCUGCUCGUCGGAUUCCUUCAACGAAGACAUUGCCGUCUUUGCCAAACAGGUUAGGACAGAAAAACCUUUAUUUUCUUCCAAUCCUGAGCUGGAUAACUUGAUGAUCCAAGCUAUUCAAGUUCUGAGAUUCCACCUUCUGGAAUUAGAAAAGGUACAUGACCUCUGUGACAAUUUCUGCCACCGCUACAUCACUUGCCUCAAGGGGAAGAUGCCCAUUGACUUGGUCAUCGACGACAGAGACGGGGGCUCGAAAUCCGACCUUGAAGAUUUUGGCGGCUCCUGCGCCAGCCUCUCUGAUCAGAACAACUCUUGGAUCCGGGACCACGAUGAGACGGGAUCCACGCACUCGGGAACACCAGGACCUUCCAGCGGUGGGAUCGCGUCGCAGAGUGGCGAUAACUCCAGCGAACAAGGGGACUGUCUAGACAACAGUGUGGCCUCCCCCAGCACGGGAGAUGACGACGACUUAGACCGAGACAAAAAACGGAACAAGAAAAGAGGGAUCUUCCCCAAAGUGGCAACAAACAUUAUGCGUGCGUGGCUAUUCCAACACUUGUCGCACCCCUAUCCCUCGGAAGAACAGAAGAAGCAGCUAGCGCAGGAUACGGGACUGACCAUCUUGCAAGUCAAUAACUGGUUUAUUAACGCCAGGCGGCGCAUAGUUCAACCGAUGAUUGAUCAAUCAAAUCGCACAGGUCAAGGGGCACCGUACAGCCCUGAUGGGCAGCCAAUGGGAGGCUACGUCAUGGAUGGGCAGCAGCAUAUGACGAUUCGCCCCCCAGGACCAAUGGGCAUGGCAAUGGGCAUGGAGGGGCAAUGGCACUACAUGUAAAGCCCUGAACCCGCUGACAACACGAGAUGGGGAAGUUUCCAGACUAGGCUGUGUGCCGGGCAACACGAACCCUAGCAGGUUUUACGGGCACCAGACUCCCGGCACAUCAGGGCCUCCUCCGUCCACAACUUCCCCAGCGCUCCGCGAGAAUGUGCCACAGACCAUUCUCCCUCUCCCCCUCCAGCCACGACGCACGGCCACUGUCCGCACUGCAACCCCUGACCAGAGGAAGCGAAACACCCCCAGCACACCCAACCCCCCCCACUCGGGACGGGCCGAGCACGGACAGCGCCCCUUCCCUGCCCUCCUUCUUCCCGCCCUUCCGCCAGUUCCUUCUCUCCCUCACUCCUUUUUGCCAAAUAAAGAAGGACUGUUCCCGACAACCUGUAGCCAAAACGACAAGGCUCCAAAAUAUCCCGCGGGCGUUGCGUCUGCCGGGGUUUAGGAGCUAGACCAAGCUGGACUUUGAUGGAAACAGAUCCCUCUUCCCAGCAUUUAAAAAAGGAAAAAGAAAGAACAAGAGAGGGUUGGAGAGCGCCAUCGUCUUUCAACAAAGAUGUGGAGAGGGGGGGAAGGUUGAGGUAUUAACUUUUUCAUUGCUUGGGGUCUGAGCCAUCAUUUUUCUUGCCACGCGCAUACCUCACGCCCGCCUGCUCCCCCCGCCACCGCUCCAGACACGGCGGCCUCUUCACGGACUUCUUUUCCAAAGGAGAGAAUGUUCCAAGCAGGGUUGUUUUUUUGUUUCAUUUUCCAAAACCUUUCCUUUUUCCUUCUUUCUUUCUUUCUUUCCCCCUCCCCCCCUUCCUUCCUUCUGGAUGUUUUAAUUAUUAAUUAAUUAUUGAUGUCAAUGCUCAAAACGGGGAAGUAAAUUAAACUGUACAUUUUAUUUUC